AUGUCCGGCCGCCGCCGCGCGGCCGCGCCGCCGGUGUCCGGGGGAAUUAAACGCACCACCGCGCCGCUCCCUCCGCCCAACCGCCCGCCCUGGGUGAGUUCUGAUGAGAUGUAUGGCUCGACUGGCGACGGGGACAGCCCCGGUUCGCUAUCGAACGGCGCGCUCGCGCGAGUGGAGCGCGCGCGCGCGCUCUGGGCGAUUUGCAUCGGGGGCGGCGGCGGCGGCGGCGGCGGAGGCAUCGGCGGAGGCGGGCGGGGCGUGCUGGAGCCUGCUGCCGCCGCCGCUGUACGCGUGGGAGCCCCUGCCGCCGUCGCCACCGCUGCCGGACAAUGCACAAUGCCCGCCUCCCACGUCCGCCCCGGCCCUCCCCGCGCACCGCCUCCGCCGCCGGCCCGGUAUUUGCAUAACGCAACAUUUUACAAGCUGUACCACCGCUUCGGAGGUGUUCCCACUACUCGGCGCUUCUUCCGCACAGCCGCUGUUACUGCGUCUGGCAUUUUCUCUUGUGAAGACUCUUGUGCCCGUUGA